AUGGAGGGCGGGUCUCCAGCUGUAGGGAGGGCGGGCUCUCUCGCGGACGCUCCCACGAGUUCUGACCCGGCGCCUACCGCAAGCGCCAACGACCGCAGCAACACCGCUGACCCGCAACAGCCCUCGACAUCUAGCCCAUUGGUAAACGCGGCAGACCCUGGAGCAAAGAAUGUCGCCCUUGUGGAACAGACAGAACCGGCGACACCAACUGCCUCUACAGGAAACGAGCAGCACCGGACGACGCAGCCAGCGCCACGACAGUUUUCACCAGCUCAACGAUGCAACCACAACCAGGUGAAAAGGCUAGGUCCCGCCUUGAAAUCCUUGGAAUGCCCAAUCUGCUUUGAUUUGUUUCGCGCAGCUGUGACGACCCGCUGCGGUCAUACGUUUUGUUUCAGCUGUAUCAUGCGACACUUUCGCAAUCACAAAUCCUGUCCAGUAUGUGGCGGUUUCUUGACUCGCGACCAAAUCGCCCCUGACUCCAGUGUUCAAAAGGCGGUUCGUCUAGCGCAGGCAGCAUCACCGAGCUUGCUUACGAGAUCGAAAACUUCAUCUCGAGUCGAUGAUGUCCGAUCGUCUACGCUGGUGUCGGAUGAGGAGAAACCCCAGCGAAAGGCGCAGCGGACCGGAACAUUGGACACGCAAGAGGAAUGUGUUGCCGAAUCUGACGGUGAAUUCAAAUCUGAAGCUGCUGCAGCUUUCGCUGCCCUCAUGUCGCAACAGUCAGGACAUGCUGGCAGGCCUCGACAAGCGCUGUUCGCAGCCGGCUCAACGCACGCUCCGCGUGAACAGCGACAGGAGAUCGCACCCGCCGCGUCGGAUGACCAGCAUCGAGCUUCGUCGAGGGAGAGGCCCAUUCUAUCGAAGCAGGAUCCAAUCAUAGAGCAAAUCCUGAGCGAUCUGGAAAGAGAGACGCAGAAAGGACAAGAGAGCAACUUUGUGGACAAGCUCAAGAGGAUUGCCUCUCGACUAUCAGGUUCAGAGAUUGACCAGAUUGUCGAGACAUUGUUAGAGCAGCGUCGCCGCCUCCAGCGAAUGAGCCUGGGCACUGAUUAUACAAUCUUGAAAAGCUUCCUCGAAUACAACAUUGAGCUGAAACGCCGCGAGCUGGCAAAGAUUGAGGCAGAGCUUCUGCAAUUAGAAGCGGAUCUACAAAGGGCCAACGAGCUACAGCAGCGACGUGCUGAAUCCAUGAAGGAUUCGGGAGAACGCGGCGCCCCAGAGGCGGCCGAAAAGCGGGUACAGCGGAUGCUGAUAUUGUUCGAACAGCUUCAGCAACGGUACUUGGAGCUCAGACCACCAAACUUGAAAGAAUCUUCUCCUCAGCCAGCGGGCAUGGAUAGAGAUAACCAGCAAAGCCAUGCCACGAGAGCUCGACCAUACGAUUUGGGACCGUCGCCACUGGCGCUUUCGUCGGUGACUGCACAGAGCUCAGGGCACCUCCCGACGGACAUCACCGAAGUGGAUGCCGAUCCCCUGGAACAGUUUGCGCACGAACUGUGCACGGCGACGAAAUAUGCACAAAUGCGCUGCCUAACGCUUUUGCGUUAUGGGGAGCCUUUUCGGGGUAGCAAUAUCGUGUCGUGUCUGGACUUUGACAUGUUUGGUGAACUGCUCGCAGCUGCUGGAGUCAUGCGGAAAAUCAAAAUUUUUGAUCUACACACCGUGGUCGAUCACGAUGCUCAGGUGAAAUAUCCAAUCUGCGAACUGCCAGCACGAGCAAAGCUCUCAUGUCUGAGCUGGAGUCCGUCGACACGGCAACAUAUCGCGUCGAGCGACUAUGAUGGAGUCGUCUGCAUCUGGGACACAGAAAGCUGCAAGCUCGUCGCCGAGUAUGAAGAGCAUGAGAAACGAGCCUGGACCGUAGAUUACUGUCCGAUGAAGCCUCAUAUCCUGGCGUCCGGUAGCGACGACGGGAAUGUCAAGAUAUGGUCGACCACGCAACGAGACUCUGUAGGAACGAUUCGGAUGAAUGCGAAUGUGUGCUGCAUUAAGUUUGCACCUCUUCAGCACGAGUGCCUGCUUGCCGUUGGAUCAGCCGAUCACCAAGCUUACGUUUAUGACUUGCGCAGCAUGGCACAGCCGCUGCACAUCCUCAAGGGCCAUCGAAAGGCAAUCUCCUAUAUCCGAUUCUUCUGCAGCAACCGGGAAAUCGUGACUGCAUCCACGGAUUCGACGUUGCGGCUGUGGGACCUGCGAAGCUGCCAGUGCGAGCGCAUCUACACUGGCCAUUGUAAUGAGCGCAACUUUGUGGGCCUUUCUGUGAAGCCGGACUGGAUUGCCUGCGGUAGUGAAGACAACCACGUCUAUACCUAUUAUCGCAGCCUGACAUCGCCAGCAAUUGUGAGCGACUUUGCUGCCGAGCCGGCCCAGCAUUCAGCAGAGGUCGUCGCUCGAUCUGGAGGCGCCCUGGAUGUCGCCGGUGCACCAGGCUCGCGCUUCUUGCAACCAGAUUCUGGCACGUUCGGUGGCCCGCAUUUUGUCUCAGCCGUUGCCUGGCGCAAGGACACAGACACACUUGCUGCAGCGAAUUCUCAGGGCCUAAUUAGGAUCUUUGAGCUCUCAUGA